AAAAAAAAGAAAAGAAAAGAGGAAGAAAUAACGUGUCGUGGAUCACGUUCGAUCGUGAAUUGUACGCUCUGGUGUCCGUGAAAAAAAAUUUGUGAUACACGUCGCGUCGUUGUUUGCGGCGACUUUCACUUUUCGAAGCGGCCGCCACUGCUAUUGUCAUUAGUCUCCUCGCGGGAAAGGAUGCGACUAUGAAGAUAGAUCUAGCGUAAAUUAAACAAGUUAUCGAACAGGGGAGGAAAUUCUCGCUUCAUUAUGAAUUUAUUCCGAGACCAGUUUUCGAUCAUCAUCUUCCUUUUACUUUUCGCUGGAUAUGACGCAGCAAGUAACGUCGAUGAAGAAGCGUACGAGGCGAAUGAACAUGAUGUUCUCGACUACCGACUGCCGAAAACCGUCGUUCCAACCAACUACGAGAUCAUACUUACUCCAGAAUUGCAAAACGACUUCACGUUCAAGGGAAUCGUGCACAUUAGCGCGUAUUUGCGAAACUCGACGAACACCGUAACGCUUCACCAUGGACGAAUGGACAUAACUUUAGUGACGGUGAUGGUCGGCGCCCAGAACGAAAAAAUCAACAACACCACGUAUGACAAUAAAACGGAGAAAUACGAAAUUAGGCUGGACAAGGUUCUUAAAGCUGGGACAAACAUUAUGAUCAAUUUCGAGUACGUCGGUAAACUUAGGGACGACAUGAUUGGAUUCUACAGAAGCUCCUACGUCGAUGCCAAAGGACAAAUUCGGUGGCUCGCAGCCACACAAUUUCAAACAACGCACGCGAGACACGCUUUUCCCUGCUUCGACGAGCCAAGCUUCAAGGCAACAUACGACAUCAGAAUUCUGAGGCCAGCCGAAUAUUCUUGCUUGAGCAAUAUGCCGCUAAACAGGAGCAUACCGCUCGAGGACAAAUACUGGGACGAGUUCGAGCGCAGCAUCCCCAUGUCGACCUAUCUGGUUGCUUUCAUCAUCUCGGACUUCAGUCACAAGAAAGUGGACGAUUUCAAAGUUUGGGCCAAGCCGAACGCUGUCGAUCAGACGACAUACGCUUUGAACGUCGGCAGGAAGGGCCUCGAUUACCUCUCCAAGCGUUUCAAACAAAGUUAUCAAUUGCCCAAGAUGGACAUGGUGGCUGUGCCCGAUUUCUCAGCCGGCGCGAUGGAGAACUGGGGUUUGGUCACCUAUCGCGAGUCCAGGCUGUUGCACGACGAGAACUCGUCGUCCGACGCCGCGAAACAAAGCAUCGCCUCCGUCAUUAUUCACGAGCUGACGCACAUGUGGUUCGGGAACAUGAUCACGCCAGAAUGGUGGGGCUAUCUGUGGUUGAGCGAGGGAUUUGCAAGGUAUUUCCAAUACUUUGCCACUGCUCAGAUCGAGACAACAUGGAACAUGGAGGACCAAUUCCUCGUCGAGCAACAUCAGACAGCUCUCGCGGCCGAUGGUGUCGAGUCAUCUCUGCCAAUGACUCGAACUGUCGUCAAUUCAUCGCAAAUUGGCGGUGUCGGGGAUACUAUUACUUAUAAUAAAGGUGCUAGUAUCUUACGAAUGAUAAAUCUUGUUUAUGGAGCCAACGUGUUUGAUGCCACGCUACAAAACUACCUGGCAAACAACGCAGAAGAAAAAGUGGCGAGGCCGAUAAACUUCUGGAAGGAAUUGGAGAACGAGUGCAAACGUAAGAACCAGCAGCUUUGCACGCAGGUCGGAGAAAUCAUGGCCACGUGGACGGAGCAAGCCGGAUUUCCGGUGGUGAGCGUCACCAUCGAUAAUGGCAAGGUGCUCUUAGAACAGCAACGUUUCCUCCUGAGGAAUUUGAAAUCCACGCCCACCAAUCUAACAUGGUGGUUACCCAUCACUUGGACCACGCAACGAAAUCCAAAUUUCAAUCAAUUGAACGUCAGCUGGAUAAAUGGCCAACGCAACUCGUCGAUAAAUAUCGAUAAAACUCCGGGCUGGGUGAUAUUCAACGUUCAGUCGGCCGGUUUCUACCGAGUAAAUUAUGACAUCGCUUCCUGGCGUCGUAUCUUCAACACUCUGAACAGCGACAAGUAUCAGAGCAUACACGUUCUUAAUAGAGCUGCUCUGGUCGAUGAUCUGUUGAACUUGGCGAGGGCUGAUUUGCUCGAUUACUCAACUGCUCUCGAUGGUUUGCGAUAUCUUACGCGGGAGAGAGAUUAUUUGCCGUUCAAGGCUGCGUUCUCCGCGCUCACGUACCUGGAUCAACGACUAUCUGGAGAGAACGAGUAUUACAAACAGUUUAAGCAAUUUGUUCUCAUUCUCAUCGAAAAUGUAUAUAAGGAUAUCGGAUACGUGGAUCGUCCGAGUGACGACAGAUUAAUAGUAUUAUUGAGAGGCGAAUUGAACAAGUGGGCUUGCAAUUAUGGCCACGAAACCUGCGUGCAGACUUUCACUGAAAUGUUCCAACGAUGGACCAAAUAUAACUCAACAAUUAAACCGAACCAACGACCCGUCGCAUAUUGCAUGGGAGUGAGAUAUGGAACGAAAGAAGACUGGGAGUUCUUAUGGCGUGAAUAUUACAAAUCGAACUCCGCGACUGAACAAGUGGUCAUACUAGAGGCACUCGGUUGUACACCGAAUAAAACUCUCUUAGAAAGACACCUGUUAAACGCGCUCAAAAAUUUCGAAGAAAAUAGAAUUCGACUGCAAGACCAUACUGCUGUAUUCUCUGCGGUUUAUGGUUCCAAUAUAUUCGGCGCAGAGUUUGUGCUGGAUUUCGUCGCCAAGUAUCACGCUGAAAUGGUGAAAUUUUACAACGGAACCGGGACAAUUUCCAGCAUCCUGUCGUCAGCUUCGAGACGUUUCUCCACCGUGAGUUUGGUAGACAAAUACGACAGUCUGAUCAAAAAUCGUAAGACCGAGUUUAAGGAUAUCGCGGACUCGUUGAACAGUUCGUUGGAACUGGCGAGAUACGAGUUGCAGUGGUUGAAAAGACACACGAAAGCAAUUACGUCGUGGGUAAAUGAUUUCAACAACGAACAACUGAACAACACCAUAAGUUAUCGUUUGCCGACGAGCAUAACUCCGAACUCGUACAACAUUUCGAUAAACACGAACCUGACCGAACUCGACAACUUUACGUUCACAGGAUCGGUGGAUAUCGACGCGAUCGUCAUGAGUAGAACGAAGACUAUCACUUUGCACUCGGUGGACCUGAUCCACCAGAAUAUUCGUUUGUACGCAAACGAUAAGGUGAUUCCCAUAGCGGAAACUAAUAUCCACGAGAAGUAUGACUUUCUGGUAAUCCAUCUUUCCGAGGAGGUACAAGUCGGACAGAGACUGUCCAUCUCGAUAGAAUUCACGGGGCAUAUGAACGAAGAAGAAAUGCGCGGACUUUAUAGAAGCUGGUACAUCGAUAACAAUGGCAAGAAAAGAUGGUUAGCUGCUACGCACAUGGAACCAGUUGGUGCUCGAAAAAUGUUCCCGUGUUUCGAUGAGCCAGCAAUCAAAGCAAAUUUCACAAUGAAUGUCCUAAUACCGCAGGAAUAUAAUGCCACCAGCAACAUGCCAAUCAAAUCUUCCUCUUCAAAUAAGAAUACAAGGAGUAUCACCUUCGAGGAAACUCCGAAAAUGUCGACGUACUUGGUCGCUUUGGUAAUCUCUGAUUUUACCUCGGUGAAGGAAGGAAUCUAUGAAGUAUUGGUAAGGCAGAACGCAAUAGAAAACGGGAAAUUCGCUCUGUCCAUUAUGAAACCGCUCGUCAGCUAUUUCGAGGGAAUACUGCACAUUCCUUAUCAAUUACCUAAACUGGACAUGGUCGCGUUGCCCGACUUUGUGUCAGGCGCAAUGGAGAAUUGGGGUCUGUUGACUUACAAGGAGAGAAACCUGCUAUUUGAUAGAGAACUGUCGACCGCAGCCUCGAAACAGAGUAUAGCGAACGUGAUAGCGCACGAAAUCGCUCACCAAUGGUUUGGAAACCUCGUCAGCCCAAAAUGGUGGAAGUAUCUAUGGUUGAACGAAGGAUUCGCGAGAUACUUCCAAUAUUUUGCAAUGCAUCCUGAGAAUACUAAAUGGUCAGUGGAGGGUCAGUUCGUCGUGGAACAGGUCCAUUCGGCUCUCGAGGUAGACAGUUCAGCAUCCACUCAUCCUAUGACCCACGACGUCUGGAGUCCAACGCAAAUCAGAGGGAUAUUCGACACGAUAUCUUACGGUAAAGCUGCCAGUGUGAUAAGAAUGAUGGAGAACAUGUUGGGUACCAAAUCGUUCCACGAGGCUCUCGAGAUUUAUCUACGUAAACGAAAAUACGACGUGGCCACGCCGGAAGAUCUCUUCGACGCGAUCAGCGAAAAAAUCGAGGACGAAGAAAUCAAAAACUCGAUCCCCGACAUUAUGAACAGUUGGACCAUACAGUCCGGUUAUCCUGUCGUUCAAGCUAUUCAAAAUGGUAAUCAUCUAGUGUUGUCUCAACAAAGAUUCUUCUUGGAUCCAGAAGACUCGUCGACCGAAAGUUGGCACAUACCGAUCACUUGGACCAAUUUGAACGAAUCAAACUUCUCUGAUACGAAGACGAAACACUGGUUCAAACGUGAUCAGAGAGAAAUCCGCAUCACGUUACCAACGAGCGAUCUCUACUUGCUAAACGUUCGACAAGCAGGGUUCUAUCGAGUGAACUAUUCACUCGACAGUUGGCAAAAAAUAAUCCGGAUCUUGAACAGCGAUCGAUAUCGGACAAUAGGCGAGAUUAAUCGUGCAACCAUCAUCGACGAUUUGUUCAAUCUUGCCAGAGUGAAACACGUCCAUUAUUCAACUCUUUUACGUGCGACUGAAUAUCUGGUCAAAGAGAACGAAUAUCUUCCGUGGCGCGCAUUUUUCAACGGCCUGAGUUAUUUGCAGAAGCAAUUCGAAGGGAAGGAAGGUUACAAAGCGUUUGUGCGAUACGUAAGCUCGCUUUUGACACCGAUUUACGAAAACCUUCAAUUUGAGGAUAAAGGAAACUCAACUCACGUUGAGCUUUUGUUCAGAUCUCACGUUCGCAGAUGGGCAUGCAAGUUAGACAUAUUAGACUGCAAGUCUAAAGCUCUGGAUCAGUUCAAAGCUUGGAACAACAACACUAUAGCAUACUUUUCACCAAAUAUUCGAAGCGUAGCCUACUGCGCGGUUGCUGAACAGAAUGACCGGAAGUCUUGGGAUCGUUUGUGGGAACUCUAUGAACGAUCGACAUUUUCCGCAGAGAAGCUUACGAUUCUUCAAUCCUUAGCCUGCACUACCGAGAACGCUUUCCUCAAAGAAUUGCUUCACAAUGCACUCUCAAAGGACAAAGUACGAUUCGAAGAUAGCUCGAGCGUUUUCACUUCCGUUAUCAAUUCAGGCCCGAAAGGAGUUGAAUUCGUGAUGAAUUUCGUCGAAGAAAAUUACGACAAAAUGCUGGCCCACUUCAAGCAAUCUUCCAACAUCAACAGUAUCGUGAACACAAUUGGAAAGAAUGUGUUCACCAAAAAGUUACUUGACAAGUACGUCAAGCUACUAAAUUUCUUGGAGGAGAGGAAGGUAACGAAAGAGGCGAAGGCUUACAAGAGCCAGGCAGAGAAACAAUUGAAAUGGGGCGAAGAGAACAUCCCAUAUAUAUUCCAUUGGAUGGAGAAACAUUACCCGUCGACGGAUUAUCGCUUGCCAAACGCGUUCACUCCGUCGAGAUACAAUCUCACUUUGUCACCUCACUUCGACAAUUUCACAUUUACCGGAAGGGUGCAGAUAGAAAUGACGCGUAACGUGGACCACGUCUCGCAUAUAGUGCUUCAUGCCAGCGACCUCAGUAUCACAGGGUUGUCACUGCGCGCGAAGAAUUCGAAUCUGGACGACAAGAACGAUGUAAUGGACAGACUCUCGAACAACAAGACACAGAUGAUCACGAUAUUCAUGGAAAAAUUCAUUCAAUCCGACGAAUUUGUUCUCGACAUCACGUUCGCGGGUAUACUAAACGACAACAUGGCGGGAUUUUAUCGAAGUUAUUAUCCGGAUGAGGAAGGACGUAUACAUUGGUUGGCCACCACUCAGUUUCAACCGACCCACGCGAGAAGAGCUUUCCCUUGCUUCGACGAGCCAGCUUUUAAAGCAAAGUUCACCAUAAGCGUUGAAAGACCUGACAAUUAUCAGGUGCUCAGUAAUAUGGAUCGCGACAAAUCCAUUCCAUCGAAUUCUUCAGGUCGCACUAUCGACGUUUUCCGAGAAUCAGUCGAAAUGUCAACGUACCUGGUGGCAUUUAUAGUCAGCGAAUUCAAGUCACUGGAGGUGGAUAACAAUGUGGGAAUUUGGGGCAGACCCAGUAUCGUUGAGAAAGGCUCUCGAGCGAAAAAUAUAGCGACGUUUGUUCGUGAUCAGCUGAAAAGUGAAACGGGUCAUACAUACAUCUUGCCAAAAUUGGAUUUAAUCGGAAUACCAGAUAUGGGUGAUAUGGGUGCCAUGGAAAAUUGGGGUCUCAUUACGUUUAGAGAGUACGGACUCUUCUACGACGAGAAUGUAACAUCAACCAGACAAUUGGACUAUAUAAUCACUAUAAUUGCUCACGAGCUUGCUCACUCGAUGUUUGGAAAUUUAGUCACAUGCGACUGGUGGGAGUAUAUAUGGUUAAAUGAAGGCUUCGCUCAAUAUAUGCAAUGGUAUCUUGGCGCUUUGUACGAGCCAAACUACGGUUACGAAGAACUGUUCGUGGUUAACGAGCUACAAGCAGCGAUGCAAGACGAUGCUUCGUCGACGUCACAUCCCAUGAAUAAUCCAGUCAGUACGCCCAACGAAAUCAAAAAUGCUUUUGACAGCAUUGCUUAUAAAAAAUCGGCUAGUGUCAUACGAAUGUUACGAAAAUCACUGAAAUCCGAAACAUUCAAAAUGGCCGUGACCACGUACUUGGAGAAUAACAAAUUUGGCACCGCGAAGCCGGACGAUCUUUGGCAAGCAUUCGCUUACGCGAUAAACGAAACGAAUGAUCUGCAACGGGAGCCGAGGAACGUGUCGUAUUUCAUGUCCGGUUGGACCAAUAAACCAGGAUAUCCGGUCGUUUCUGCGACGAUGUUAGACAACGGUACAAUAAUAUUGAGCCAGAAAAGUUUCUCAACGUACGAGGACAUCGAGGAUUUCUGGAUACCCAUUACAAUGACGACCGCUACAGAACAAAACUUUUCAUCGACCGCGGUCAAGCGUUGGUUGCAAGGAUAUUACGACACGAUCUCGAUCUCGUCUCAAGAAGAAUGGUUCAUUCUGAACAUCCAACAGAGCGGUUACUAUCGAGUGAAUUACGACGCGAAAUCGUGGGAACGUUUGAUCAAAGCUUUGAACUCCAAUCACACACUGAUAGACGUGACGAAUCGAGCUCAGAUCGUCGACGAUCUGUUGAAUCUGGCACGAGCUGGCUGGGUCGACUACACGAUCGCGUUAAAGGGGAUGACGUAUCUGUCGAAGGAGCUGAACCACAUACCGUGGAAGGCCUUCUUCAAUGGGAUGAGCUUCCUUUUGCAACGAUAUCAAGGACAGAAAGGUGAGGACCUGUUGAAGAAGUAUAUCCUGCUGUUGGCGGCCAACGUGUACGAGGAGCUCGGCUUCGAUGACGUGAAAGAGAAAUCCCACUUGGACAAGUUGAACAGGGAAUUGAUCCUGUCGUGGAUAUGUAAACUGAACCAUUCAGAGUGCGUGGAGACAUCCAAAAGGAUGUUCGCCGAAUGGAGGAAUACGAAAAACGUAUCGAAAUACAGAAUUCCACCAGAUGCCAAGGUAGCCAUUUAUUGCACAGCCAUAAGAGAUGGAGAUCUCAACGACUGGAAUUUCCUAUGGGAGCAGUAUCUGAAGACGAACUUUGCCUCGGAGAAAAAGAUCAUACUGGAUGCUCUAGGUUGCUCUAAGGACGAGAAAAUACUACAUGAUUACAUCGAGAAGGCAUUGGUAAGUAAUUACACUGCCGACAUUCGAAAGCAAGAUUUUAACGCCGUACUCGCUUCCAUCUACAAUUCUGGAGAAUACGGAGUGGACACGAUGCUAGACUACAUAGUGAUUAAUUACGAUAGAUUAUACAAAUAUUACGGGAAUUGGAACGAUGUUGGAGCACUGAUUUCUAAAUUGGCAUCUCGUUUUUCCAAGGAACAACAAAUUGCACAGUUGAAGACAUUAAGUACCAAAGAAGGUGGAAUCACAAAUAUAGCAGCCAGUAUCAAUAAAGGUAUUGCCUCUGCCCAAGAAAACCUACUCUGGUAUCAAAACUAUUCCGAUACCAUUAAUUCAUGCUUGAAUGAGACGAUUCGUAAUAUAGAAGACAAAAAUCCAGCUUCUACAGUUGUUGCAAAUAACUUGGCUGUAGCAUUGAUGACAGUAUUUUCGUUAAUCGUUUACAUCAUAAAUUAGUAUAAUAUCACUGAAUGAAAAUGAAAGUAUCGUACAAUUCUGAAAUGAAUAUUAAUAUUACAUAUGUACAUGCAAUUUUGUGAAUUAUAUUUUAAACGUUGUAAAAACAUGUAAAAAUUCGAUAUAUUUGUAAGAAAAGACACUUGUAAACCAAUGUUAAAUAAAAUCGUAUACAUUAUUUUGUAA